CCACGCAGGCGUUGAAUAACCCGCAACAUAUCGCAUCGGACUGGUAUCCAGUGCUUAUAUCUCAAUCACACCUACCGGAUAUCAAGGACACCUACUGCAAACCCUCAAGAACAUGGCAUCUCAGCCUCCGACAUAUAAUCUUAAUGACUACGAUGCAACCAACGACACACGACUUGGACAGGGAGAUGGCAAGGAUCCCAAUAUCCUCGACCACGGCAGCGACUCGAGAAACCAAUUAGAUGUCAAUCAUGUUGGUUCAAGCUCGAAUGGCGGACUAAGGCACCAAUCUUCGCCCUCAACGAGCGACAUCACAACCAUGAAGUUCCCUGAACCUAUGGACGAGCCUUUCAAACCACCUAAGGAUUCAGGGUACAUGGGCUAUUCCCCACCACCGAACGCCGACGAUAUUGAGCGGAAUCCCUACAAAGAAUACCACCCUCAGGAGCACACCUCCGCUAACUUGGAUGAGGCGGCUCGCACACCAUUGGUAGGAAAUCCAUAUAAAUCCGGUGGUUACCAUAACCUAGAGUACGACGAUUCGAACACUCGCAGUAAGCCGAGUGGUCCGUUGGCCAAGUUCUUCGGGAAUACGAGAUACCCAAUUGAACAGAGGAUCGAAAACAAGAAAAGAGGAAUCGGUGUGCAACGGACCCCAUUCGCCGUUUAUACUCUAUCCGCCGUGAUGAUUGGAGUAUUCAUCUAUGAGUUGGUUCUGAACGCCAGGCAACAAGGGAGCCCGAUCUCCCUCAAGCCCACCAUCAACCCAAUGCUGGGCCCAUCUGGAAGUGCUUUGAUUCACUUGGGCGCUAGGUUCCCCCCAUGCAUGAAAGACGUCCUCGAGGUCCCUACCUCGACCCCCAUAGCCUGCAUGGACAAUGUAGACAAUCCAAUCACAAAGUUGUGCACCGUGGCUGAUCUUUGCUCAUUCGGAUAUAAAGCUGGUCAGGAGCCCAACCAGUGGUUCAGAUUCAUCACAGCCAUAUUCCUACAUGCAGGAAUUAUCCACCUCUUAUUGAACAUGUUGGCCCAGUUUACGCUCUCUGCACAGAUUGAGAGAGAUAUGGGAUCAACUGGUUUCCUCAUCGUGUACUUUGCUGCAGGUAUCUUUGGAAAUGUUCUUGGAGGGAAUUUUUCCUUGGUCGGAAUCCCUUCGGUCGGCGCCAGUGGUGCGAUUUUUGGAACGCUGGCGGUCACCUGGGUUGAUCUCCUCGCUCACUGGAAAUAUCAAUAUCGCCCUGUCAGAAAAGUGGGUCUCGUCUUCAUGACAAUUGAACUGGCCAUCGGUGUAGCUAUCGGCUUCAUCCCUUAUGUCGACAACUUCGCUCACCUUGGAGGCUUUUUGAUGGGGCUGCUUGUAGGAACCAUAUUCUAUCCCGUCAUUAGCGCCUCGAAACGCCACAAAACCAUCAUGUGGGGCUUCCGUCUUGCAGCCAUUCCCCUGGUCAUUCUCUUGUUUGUUUUGCUCAUCCGGAAUUUCUAUACCUCUGAUCCCUACGCCGGUAAGUCGUACCCCUGUCGACGAAUUGGUUGCACUUACGCCUCGUUCAAGCCUGUUCUGGGUGCCGGUACCUGUCUUGCAUUCCAAUGGCUGCCAAUAAUUAUUGCAAAGGAACUGGUAUGA